UGGGAGGAGAGAGGAGGGAAAAUAAAUUACUUUUAUUUUUAUUUAAUAAAAUUUGGCCUACAGGCUUUCUGUGACUCAAUACUGAACAUCUGGGAUUGAUCACAGGAUCACAAACUGAGAAGCAGUCAUCUGGCUUCUAGAAAUAAACACUUUCAGUCCCUAUUCCACAACGUUAUUUUUUUUAAUGAUAAAACGCAACGGCCAUUUUAAGUCUUUUCCAUACUUGCAGCCACAGUACUUUUAACUUUUUACUACUUGUUAGUAUUACUUUUUCCACAUCGGGGCAUCAGACAAUGUUAACUUGUCUUUGAUCUUGGACUCGCAGCAUUUGGGAUUGUCCUCCACACACACACACACACACACACAAUUAAUUCACUACUAUUCUGCUUCAAAAUUUUAUGCUACGAUGGGAGUCCUGCAAGUCCAGUUUUUGUUAGUUCCCUUCCUCACAAGCUCCCUGGGAGCAGCACAGUACCUGAUGCAGGAUGCAGCGCUGAUGAACUACAUGGACCGACGUUUCCUCUCUCUGGAGAAGAGGCUGGAAAAAUGCAACCAAGACAUACUGGAUUAUGUGGACGAAUUCCGAGACUUUUCAAAGAUGGUACUGUCGCGCCUGGCAGGACUGAACUCUUAUAAGGCUGAAGUUAAAAGUGAAGUACAGAAUUUGCUCACAAGAAUUGAACGAGCACAAAGGGACAUUGACUAUUUUGGAUCUGUCACAGAUUCUAACCUAUGUAUAGAAGUGCACGAAGACCUAGUGAAACAGCAGCUACUUGAAGAGGCAGAAGAAAAAAAGAAACUUAACCUCAUGCUUAAUGCAAGUUGUGAUCACAUGCUUGCAAGUAUUAAGUCCCUAAAGAUAGUUAAGAAGACUGGAGAUAAGCAUGGCUCUUGGAUGAAAGAUCCUGGCAAAAAGCAUACAAAAAUUUAUUUAUUAAAUGGUUCUGUAAAUAAUGUUAUUUUGGAAUUUGCAAAUAUAAUGACAUUCAUGGAAAACAAUCAGACACUAAGUGCUCGCAGAGUCACAUUGCCAUUUCCCUGGGAAGGAACUGGCCACGUCAUAUAUCAGGGUUUCCUGUUCUAUCAUAGAUAUGGCUCCUUAAAUGAGAUUACUAAAUUCAAUAUACAGAGCAGAAAAGUAGCUGACCAAAUGCUACUACCAGGGGCUGGAAGGAUUCCUGCCUAUCAGCUUUCCCCACAUACAAAAAUAGAUCUUGCCAUUGAUGAGCAAGGGCUCUGGGCAAUUCAUGCAGAGCCAGAGACUGGAGGAAACAUUGUCAUUACUAAAAUCAACCACAUAACCAUGGCAGUGGAGCACACCUGGGAUACACCCUGCAGCAGCAAGGACGCUGAAGCAGCUUUCAUGGCAUGCAACACACUCUACGUUGUCUACAACUCUCCUAGUAGAGGCACCUCUCGCAUACGAUGUGUUUAUGAUGUUUUGGAUGUUGUAAAUAGCUAUGAAAUCCCAGCACUGCAGUUCCCAAAACGUCAGGGGAGCCAUUCCACUAUACAUUACAAUCCUAAAGAAAAGCAGCUCUUCGCCUGGGGUGAUGGAUCUCAGAUCAUUUACAAGCUUCACAGACAGCAGAAAGUUUAGAAUCUUUAGCAACUUUUCAAAUAGACUCAAAAGCUGCCAGUCCCGUGUCAACAUGACCAUUAAUGCAUAUUAAAAUUACAUUAUAUCCAUCUGUUAAAACUUUCACUUAUUUCACAAAAAUUUAGGCUUACAUACCCCAGCGAUCUUAGACUAAUGUCCAAUGAUGAAUAUGUAAAGUCUCCACUAUUAUAAAUUACAUGAUGACUAAAUGCUACACAUGGACAACCCAUACACACACACAAGUCCUAAAGUCUGAGAUUCAUUAAAAGGAAUAACCAUCCAUCUCUGACAUGUUCUCUUCCUCUCAAAACUAUGUAUUCUGCUUCAGUGCUACAGAAAUCAAAUCAGAAGUCCUUCCUGUCCAAUACACACUAUUUGACAAUCUCCACUACUCUGAAGGUCAGUUUGGAAAGCCUUCUGGUAAGCAAUAUAAAAUCACAUGCUUCCAGAGAAAUUAUCCGUAAGUUUUAACAGGAGAGGUUUAUUACAUCACAAAGUAUAAGAGUAGAGACCCUCACAAACAUGGUUUAUAUUUAACAUAUAAUUCUUGUGCAUCACAUUGAGGCUAUUUCUAAUCAUUGCACUUCUAGGAUAUUUCCAUGAAAUUUCCACCUUUUUCUUAUCCAUAUAGCUGUACAGUCCACUUUUGAACCUGACCUGAAGAUUUAGCUGCAGCUAAAUAUUCACUUUUAUCAGCUUCAAGUUGCACCUUUUCAAUAUUUUUUUAGUGUAUUUUUUAGAUUAUGCAUUGGAAGGAAUGUUCCUAGA